UAGGAUUGGCAAAUCGACGGUGGCGGGCGGGCAUUUGGUGCUGCCAAUGGGGGAGUGUGUGGGGAGCACUCGAUUCAUGGCGGCGGCCGCGGCUCACGCCAAGGGCGGCGAUGGCGAUGGCGAUGGCGAUGGCGGCGCCGGGAGCGAUGCAUGCAAUUCGCUGCACAGGCGGGUGGAUCCGCCGGCGAGCGGCGGCGUUUUGAGCUGGAUCGCGGUGCUCAUAUGGCUGGGCGCCAUCCAUUUUAACACCAUCGUCGGCCUCGUCGUUCUUGCCAAUUUGCGGCGAGCCUGGGCCAUUGCGGUCAUGGGCUUGUAUUUGCUGCUCAUGGUUCUUCCGGCCCAUCACGAGAGCCCUUUGGGUCGCAAGGUCGCGACGUUUAUCUGCAAGUAUGCACCGAAGCAUUUUCCUAUCAGGCUCCAUGUUGAUGAUAUAAAAUCCUUCGACUUGAGCAAGGCAUAUGUGUUCGCGGUGGAGCCACACUCCAUCCUCCCUAUCGGGAUUAUCUCGCUCUGCCACUACACUGGCUACAUGCCUUUUACGAAAAUCCGAGCGUUGGCCAGCAGUGCUGUGUUUGCAACUCCAAUCCUGCGUCACAUCUGGACGUGGCUUGGUCUCGUUCCUGCCUCGCGAAAAACCUUUGGCAAGCUUUUGAACGAUGGCUACUCUUGUAUUGUCGUGCCUGGAGGUGUCCAAGAGUGCCUCUACAUGGAGCAUGGACACGAGGUAGUUUUCUUGAAGAAAAGAUUUGGAUUUGUGCGGGUGGCCAUCGAGACUGGUGCUCCAUUAGUUCCGGUGUUUUGUUUCGGCCAGACUGAAGCUUACAAGUGGUGGAAGCCGAAAGGAGAGCUCUACGCCAAGCUCUCAAGAGCUAUCGGGUUUACCCCUCUCGUCUUCUGGGGAAUGUAUGGGAGUCCUGUUCCAUGCCAGCAGGAGAUGUACGUAGCUGUAGGCAAUCCGAUCGAGGUGACCAAAACCUCGCAGCCAUCCAGAGAGGAGGUGGCUAAUGUUCUGGAGAAAUUCAUAGUCGCGCUUCAAGAGCUAUUUGAAAAACACAAGGCGGCAGCAGGAUACAAAGACACCAUGCUUCACGUGUAUUAGGCAGCGGCGGUGGAGAAGGGUUUGUAUUUUGUUGCUCCUCCAAUCUUGGAGCGUAAUUUCGCAUAAUCUGCGCAGUGAUCCUCGAGUUUCUAGAGUCCCACAAGCACUGCCGGAGUUACUCAUGUAUAAAGAAAUUUUUCAGUGCCUGUUUGGACAAAA